GCGAAAAAACCCCGGUCAGCUCAGCGCAUGCGUAAAUGUGGCCAUAUUAGAAGGGAAAAAAGAAAACCGAAAGAAUUUUGAGAGUUGACAAAAACACGGUGAAUAAGGGAGUAGGAACAACAUCUUGAAAAUGUAAAACGCCUGUCAACCUCUUGCUGAAACCACUUAACAAUUCAUACGGAAGCAAGACAAUAUGUAGAAGACAUGUAGAAUAAGUAUUCAAUAAUUAUGCCGGCUUUACCACGCCCUGGUCAAACUAAAGACCCAGAGGUUGCUGCACUGUUCUCCCAGGAAGACCCUGAAAAUAUAUUUUAUGACUUGAGAGAAAUAGGCCAUGGCAGCUUUGGAGCAGUAUACUAUGCCAAGAACAAGAUCACGAAGGAAAUCGUGGCCAUCAAGAAGAUGUCCUACAGUGGCAAACAGGCUGCUGAGAAAUGGCAAGAUAUCAUCAAGGAGGUGAAGUUUCUGUGUUCAACCAAACACAAUCACACCAUCAGCUACAAAGGAUGCUACCUGAGGGAGCACACAGCCUGGCUGGUGAUGGAGUACUGUUUGGGUUCUGCAUCAGAUAUUGUAGAAGUCCACAAAAAACCUUUAAAGGAGGUGGAGAUUUCUGCCAUUUGUCAUGAUGGUUUGCUAGGAUUAUCCUACCUACACAGUCAAGGGAAGAUCCACCGAGACGUCAAGGCUGGCAAUAUUUUACUCACAGAAAGUGGCAUUGUCAAGCUAGCUGAUUUUGGUUCAGCCUCUAUGAUAUGCCCUGCUAACUCCUUUGUGGGUACCCCUUAUUGGAUGGCCCCUGAAGUCAUACUGGCCAUGGAUGAGGGACAGUAUGAUGGAAAAGCAGACAUCUGGUCCUUAGGCAUCACAUGUAUAGAACUGGCUGAGCGUAAGCCACCUCUAUUCAACAUGAAUGCGAUGAGUGCCCUAUACCACAUAGCUCAGAAUGACCCUCCCACCCUAGCAGGUGGAGAGUGGACUGACGACUUCCGGAGCUUUGUGGAUUCCUGCCUUGCCAAAUCUUCCUGUGAUAGACCCUCUGCAGAAAAACUGUUGCAACAUAUAUUUUUAACGAGGCCAAGGGCCGGCAAUGUGAUUCUUGACCUGAUCCAAAGAACAAAGGACGCGGUUCGUAAGCUUGACCACCUGCAAUAUCGGCGGAUGCAGAAGCUGCUGAUGGUGGAGGACAUUGAGGGCGAUAUAGACAGCAAUGGUCCUGACGACAACAUCUCCACAGACGAAAACUCACAGGAUGAUGAGAACAUUGACAGCAGUAAGUCCAGCAGUAUUGCCAGUCAUCAGAGCGGGGUCAGCAACAACAGUAAAUCCAGCUCGCAGAACAGUCUCCAGAUCCCACCCAGCGACGAACCGGGAUUCUCUAACUUCCGACAUUCAACGUUGUCCCAGGCCAGUGGACGGAGUGAGCCAGACACCAACAACUUUGCCACAAUACGUCCAACAUCUAUCGUCACAAAACAGUUUAAGGAGCACGAACACACCAAUGAACUGAAGGAACAAUUCACUGGGUACAAGAGGAUGAGGAAACAGCACCAGAAGCAGCUACUACAGAUGGAGGCCAAAUUUGCAACGGAGAUGGAGGAACAUAAAGUCAGACUGGACAAGGAAUAUGAUGCUGUAAAACAGAACUUUGUCACAGAGCUCGAAAAAUUACGCAGGAAACAGGCCGCUGAAAUCGAUAAGAAAAAUAAGACGCAUCAGGCCAUGGAGGCCAAGUUAAGCAAGCAGAUAAAACAGCAACAGGAGACAGAGAGGAAGAGCUUCCUUAAUUUACAGAAGAGGGAAUAUAAACUCACAAAAGAACAAAUGAAGAGGGAGAUAGAUAAUAAUACACCAAAGAAGGAACGAGACGACACGCUUAGAGCGCAUAAAGACAGACUUCAGCAGCGCCAGAAAGAGGCUGAGGAGAGACAAGCCAAGACGCACAAGGAUGCCAUGGAAUUUGAACUGCGCAAAUUCAAGCGACGGAAACUAAUGUCAAUGCAUAAGUUAAUGCAGGAUCAACUCAGGGAUGAAUUAAAUAAACAACAGACUCAGUUAGAAUAUGAACAUACUAUGUUAAUAGGACACCAUGAAUCAACUCAGGAUUUAGAAUAUAAGCAAAUAACUGCUGUACAAAAAAUGAAGGAUGAACACUUGAAGAAACAGCAUCAAACUGAGAAAGAAAAUCAGAAAGAGUAUAAUGCAAAGGAGGAGCAACAGUUACGGAAGAAACACGCCUUAGAACAUAAACAACAGCCUAGGAGUCUCAAGCAAAAAGAACUUCAAAUAAGAAAACAGUUCCAUGAAGCAGUGGAAACACAAAGGAAGCAAUAUAAGGCUCUCAAAGACCAUGUGUUGGCCAAUACGCCCAAAAAUGAGCAGAAAGCAGUUGCCAAAAAACUCAAAGAGGAACAGGUUCGGAAACUCAAUCUUCUGGGAGAGCAGUACGAGGCCAGUAUAUCAGAAAUGCUGCAACAACAGAAUAUGAGAUUGGACGACUCCCAAAUCAAAGAGGAGCACGAACUGAAACAACGACUGCAACAGGAACUGGAGCUGUUGAUGGCAUAUCAGAGCAAACUCAAGAUGCAGAUGGAGGCACAGCACCAGAGGGAACGCAAGGAGCUGGAGGAGAGGGUGUCAUUACGGAGGGCUCUCCUCGAGCAAAAGAUGGAAGAUGAGAGAAACAGAUUUAGUGCUGAGCGAACAAAAAUGAUCCGUGCUUUACAAGAGAGACAAGAACAAGAGAUAGAAAUGUUUGAUAAAGAGACAGAACAGUUGGGACUGAAUUCGAGUAAAGUGGCCGAGGCCUCGUGUGACGGUUCAUUCGACGACGAGGUCAGCCUUCGGGGCAGCAUGAUCAGCCUGACCCAGAGCAGUAGUAGCAGUUCUUUUUCAACCCAGGCCUAUAAUACGUAAUAAACAGAUAACGUAUGUGUAGAACUCACUGUAUCUGUAAAAACAAAAAAAAUACUGUCUACAAUACCAAUGUUACAUCACCGCGGCAAUCAAAGCAUCAUUAUUUUUUCUUUUUAAUUGAAAGAAGAGAUUGGACGAGAUUUAAUUUUUUUUUUUUUUUUGGAAAAAAAGUCACAUAUUUGUUCACCCUUCCAUUGACUGUAUACUUAUUAAACAAACAAAAUAUAUCUACAUGUGAUUCCCAUACCAUGUGAUUUUACUGAGAUUUUAAAAGAAACGGGGGAAAAACCAAAUUUUUCCAGCCCAUGGCUUGGAAACGAAGAGUUUUGCUUUACCUCAUGUGAAAUGGCUGUUUGUGUGAGCCGUGAAAUGCCAUAACAUCAAACUUGUUCGGGGACAAAAAAAAAUAAUUAAUUCGAAAAUUGGUGCAUAGCAUACGGUCGUCACACAGUAUCUGUGGGGCGCGUGUGCAAAGACCGGUGAUAGGAGAGCAGUGCUUAUGCAGGUUGUUGUGUUGCCCAGGGCCCCUCUUGGGCCCAGGGUAUGGACUUCCAGACUUGUAGAAAAAGGCCAGCUUACAGUCAGAAGUAAACAGGGCUUGUGCUACGAGCUGACUGGACAAUUCAACAAAAAAAGGCAAUAUUGUUUUAUUUGUUUCAGAUUAUCACAGGAUGUUAUUACAAUAACAAUAAUUACAAUGUGAAAUACUAAACUACAAAUUAUUAUGAUAAUAAAUAUAUAGUAUAAAAAAUG